UUACAUAUGUAUUUAUUUCCAAUCCUUGUGACGUGCUUUUGGUUUUACAUUUCACAUAAUAUUUACAAACACUAAUAACUAAUAACUAAUAUCAUUAAUUAUCAAUUAUGCGUCUUCUAAACACUUCAUAGAACAUAAUUUUUAGCACUGCAUAUUAUAAACUAAAUCAUUUACUUUUUAUUAAAACUUUUCCACUUUUCACAAAAAUUAAUCACACAAGAAAAUUUAGAAGCGCGCCAAUAACGGUACUUGAAUAUACCCCUAUUUUGACACACACACACGCUUUAGCACGCAUUUCCCUACAAACUGCUGAAGGUCAACAAACAGCUGAUUUUUGACAGCUAUCAACCAGCAAUAUUCCCACUAUUUUCGCGUUUGUUAUGUGUUUUUGCAUUCUCCUUAAAUUAGCAAAUUAAAACGCAAAACAAACGAGGUAGUAGAAAAAUUAAAUCUUUAACAUCAUAAAAUCAUUGUAAACAAAGGAAUUGAGAAUUUUAAAUUUAUGAAUACAAAGGCAAAUAAUCAUGAAAUAGUUAAAAUCAAACUAUUAAGUGACGAUAAAUGCAAGUAAUAAUACCAAAUAGUGAGUAACUGCGUCACCUUAAAAGUGGAAACUUUCACAAAUCGUAUGAAAUCACUGAUGCAAAAAGGUUUCAGCUCAGUCUGUGUUUGGAAGUCGGUCGUGCUUAAAGCUGCUGCAGCAAUUUAAAUAUUAAUAUUCAGCAGGACAAAGAAUAUAAAAGGCGAAUGCCACUUUGACGAGAGACAGUUAACGACAGCAGAGUUUCAUAAUUUGUCAAACUGAAUGCAUAAAUAACACCAAGUCACCAAAUGAAAAACAAUAAUAUAAUGAGUUUAUAGUAUUUAUGUACUUAAAAUUUAUACCAAAUUGAGAGCAACAUAAUCCAGUGACUAAUCAAACCGAACAUAAAUUAUACUGCCUUAUUGUCGAUUAUGCGAUAAACAUUAAUAUAAAGACGAAAAUUAAUAUACAAUAAAUAAGUAAAAUAGCAAAAUGAGUUCCGACGAAGAGAGCUUGUACGAUCCUGAAGCGGCUGAGGAAACGACUCAGGUGCUGGAUGCGACUGUAAUUGGCGUGCGCAACAACGGCGACACACCGUCUACUGCAACCGCACAUAGCAGUAAGUCAAGUAGUAGCCAAGGUGAGGAAACCGCUAGUAAAGAUGAUAUACCAAUUGCAACCGACAGCACAAUAUAUCCAGCGCCCCGCAGACGUUGGUUCAUAUUAGAGCCCGCAGUGUUUUUGGUUUUUCUCGCUAUGUAUUUAUCAGGGGCGGUGUAUCAAAAUCAAGUUCUAUAUCAGACUUGUGUUGCUGUAUACAAAUACAAUGAGAGUGAUUGCCAGCCGCUGUUGGGUGUUAGCAGGGAAACAAAAGAGGCGGAGGAAAUCGAAACUCGCGUCCAACCAUAUGUUGCGCGGAUUCUGAUGGCGCGCUCGCUUUUGGAAAGCAUUAUACCGGCAUUUGUUAGCUUAUUUGUCGGUCCAUGGUCGGAUAAGUUUGGACGACGUCCAAUCAUACUCGCAACAUAUACGGGUUACCUCACCGGCUGUAUAAUUUUGGCGAUUUUAGCUUUUAUUGCAACCAAAGUCGUAAUUAGCCCUUGGCUAUUUCUACUAUCUUCGGUACCUUCAGUGAUUAGUGGUGGCACCUGUGCGCUAAUUACCGGUAUAUAUUGCUACAUAUCGGAUGUAGCCAAGGAGAAAGCUCGAGCAGUGCGUAUGGUGCUGAAUGAAGCAUCACUAUUGGCCGGCAUGAUGGUUGGCAAUGUUUUGAGCGGCUAUGUGUACGCAGCAACAAACGUUGUGACUGUCUUCGCAAUUUCAGCACUGCUGAUGUUACUCGCCUUAUUAUAUGUGUUCAUAUUUGUGGUGGAAAGUCUGCGACCCGAUCAAAUACACACGGGUUCCAAAAUACGCGAAUUCUUCCGUUUCGAUUUGGUGAAGGAUUUAGUACACACAUGCUUCGAACGACGACCCAGCUACGAUCGCGCCAUUAUUUGGCUUACAAUGAUUACACUGACAAUUGCAUUAUUCACCAUGGAGGGUGACAGCAACGUAUCGUAUCUCUUCUUCCGCGCGAAAUUCGAAUGGACGCUGAAGGAUUAUACGCUCUUCAAUGCAGCGCGCAUCGUUGUGCAAAUAAUUGGCAGUAUUUUCGGUUUGAUUUUAUUGCGAAAAGUUUUAAAAUUCUCAAUUGUCUCAAUGACUAUGCUAUCCCUGGCUUGCUGUGUUUUGGAGAGCACAGUACGCGCCACUGCCAUGUAUUGGUGGGAGCUCUAUUUGGGCAUGGUGCUCGGCGGUAUGCGCGGCAUAAUGGGUCCUAUGGCACGUGCCAUACUCUCACAUGUGGCGCCGCCAACGGAAGUUGGUAAAAUAUUCGCAUUCACCACUUCGUUGGAGUCGCUUUCACCACUCGGCGCUGCGCCGCUCUACACAACGGUUUAUAAUGCGACAAUCGGUUUUUAUCCAGGCAUUUUCAAUUUUAUCAGCGCCGGUCUCUAUUUGCUUUGCUUCACACUGAUUGCUGUAAUUUACAGUAUUCAGAAGUCAUUGGGCAAUACUGCGGCUUAUCAAGCGAUCGGCAGUUAAAAAUGAUGUCACAAAGUUGUUAUACCCGUACAUACAUAUAUAUAUAAUAUAAUUUCCUUUUUUUGUUUGUGAUUAACGUAUGAUAAUGUUUAUACGUAUUUUGUUAGCUAAUUGUCGCAUGUGAUGUGGAAAUACUUACUAAGUAUUAUUUUAAAGUGUAAAAUAAAAAAA